AUGUCAACUCCAUUUGGUGUAGAUUUAGGUAAUAAUAAUACAGUAAUUGCUUGUGCAAGAAAUAGAGGUAUUGAUAUUAUAGUAAAUGAAGUUUCAAAUAGAUCAACUCCUUCUUUGAUCGGUUUUGGUCCAAGACAAAGAUAUAUUGGUGAAACUGGUAAAAAUCAACAAACUUCAAAUAUCAAAAAUACUGUUGAAAAUUUAAAAAGAAUUGUUGGUUUACCUCAUAAUCAUCCAGAUUUUAAAAUUGAAGAAAAAUAUUUUACUGUUCCUUUACAUCCAGAUGGUCAUGGUGGUAUUUCAGCAGAAGUUAAAUAUUUAAAUAAACUGCAUAAAUUUAAUGCAACUCAAUUAUUGGCAAUGUAUUUAGAUAAAAUUAAAAAUACUGCUUAUACUGAAACAAAGGGUAAUAUUACUGAUAUUUGUUUAUCUGUCCCUUCAUGGUAUACUGAAAAACAAAGAAGAGCAGCUGCUGAUGCUUGUAAAAUUGCAAAUUUAAAUCCAGUUAGAAUUGUUAAUGAAUUAACUGCUGCUGCUGUUGGUUAUGGAGUUUUUAAAGCAAAUGAUUUACCGGAAGAUGAAUUUAAAAAAGUUGCAUUUGUUGAUGUUGGUCAUUCUUCUUAUCAAGUUUCAAUUGCUGCUGUUAAAAAAGGUGAAUUAAAAAUUUUAGGUUCAUCAUUUGAUAAACAUUUUGGUGGUAGAAUUUUUGAUUAUGCUAUAGCUGAACAUUUUGCAAAUGAAUUUAUUGGAAAAUAUAAAAUUGAUGUUAGAGAACAACCAAAAGCAUUUUAUAGAGUUUUAACAGCUUCUGAAAAAUUAAAAAAAGUUUUAAGUGCAAAUACUCAAGCUCCAUUUAAUAUUGAAAGUGUAAUGAAUGAUGUUGAUGUUUCAAGUUCAUUAACAAGAGAUGAAUUGGAAGAAAUGGUUAAACCAUUAUUGGAAAAAAUUCAUAUUCCAAUUGAAACUGCAUUAAAAGAAGCAAAUUUAAAAGCUGAAGAUUUAGAUUCAAUUGAAGUUAUUGGUGGAUCUUCAAGAAUUCCAAUUGUAAAGGAAAAAAUUUCUGAAAUUUUUGGAAAACCAUUAUCAUUUACUUUAAAUCAAGAUGAAGCAAUUGCUAAAGGUAAUGCAUAUAUUUGUGCUUGUCAUUCUCCAACUGUUAGAGUUAGACCAUUUAAAUUUGAAGAUUAUAAUCAAUAUACCGUUUCAUAUUUUUGGGAUAAAGAAGAUAAUGAAGAUGAAGAUCAUUUAGAAGUAUUUUCAAAAGGUGGUUUAUUUCCAAGUACAAAAAUUAUUACAUUAUUUAGAAAAGGACCAUCAUUUGAAAUUGAAGCAAAAUAUACAAAAUCACAUGAAUUACCAAAGGGAACAGAACAUAAUAUUGCAAAAUGGAAAAUUUCAGGUGUUGUUCCAUCACAAGGUGAAUCAUCAAUUGCAACAAAAAUUAAAUUAAGAAAUGAUCCAAGUGGAUUUUAUACAAUUGAAUCAGCAUAUACAGUUGAAGAACAAAUUGUUAAAGAAUUAGUUGAACCUAAAGAAGGUGAAGAAGUAGAUGAAGAUGCAGAACCAGAAUACAAAGAAGUUAAAAAAUUGGUUAAAAAAUCUGAUUUAUCUAUAGAAGCAGUAACUGCUGGUCUUUCAGAUAAAAUUUUACAAAAAUUUAUUGAAGAAGAAGGUAAAAUGGUUAGUGAAGAUAAAUUAGUUGCAAUUACAGAAGAAAAGAAAAAUCAAUUAGAAGAAUAUAUUUAUGAAUUAAGAGGUAAAUUAGAUGAUCAAUAUAAAGAUUUUGCAAAUGAACAAGAAAAGGAAAAAUUAUCAUCAAUGUUGAUGAAAACUGAAGAUUGGUUAUAUGAUGAAGGUGAAGAUUCAACAAAGGCAAAAUACAUUGCAAAAUAUGAAGAAUUGGCUUCAUUGGGUAAUUUAAUUAAAGGUAGAUAUUUACAAAAAGAACAAGAAAAGAAGGAACAAUAUAGACAAAAACAAGAACAAGCUCAAUCAAAAGCAAUGGCUGAAAAAAUGGCUGCUCAAAGAGAAGCUAAUAAAAACAAAGAACAAACUAAAGAACAAUCUAAACAAGAUGAAGAUGUCGAAAUGGAAAACUAG